GAGCAGAAGCUUGCGGUGGAGAGGAUAACCAUCUAUGUGGAGCAUCCCGUGCCCAUCGAGCCGCCUGCAGAAGCAGCGGAGCCUCCUCCUCUUCCCAUGUUCCUGACGAAGAAGGAGAGGAAGAAGCUGAGGAGGAGGACGCGCAUGGAGCGGGAGCUGCAGAGGCAGGAGAUGGUGGCGAGAGGAUUUAUCCCUCCUCCGGAGCCCAAGGUGAAGAUCUCGAACAUGAUGAGGGUGCUGGCGGCAGACGCCACGGCAGACCCAACGAAGAUCGAGCAGGAGGUGAAGAAGCAGAUGGCGCAGCGUCUCAAGAACCACAACGAUCGCAACCAGGCGAGGAAGAAGACGGCAGAGGAGAAGAGGGCGAAGAAGCUUGCCAAGAUAGAGAAGGAGACGGCGUUCGAGACUGCCGUCCAUCUGUACAAGAUUGGAGAUCUGCAGAGCAAGCAGAAUCGCUACAAGAUCGAUGUCAACGCACAAUACUACAAGCUGCACGGCAUCGGGAUCAUCUCGGACGAGAGUUGCCUGCUGGUCAUUGAGGGAGGAAUCCGCUCGCUCAACAAGUUCAGGAAGCUUCUGGAGAGGAGGAUCAAGUGGAACAAGACCGCUGAGGACGAGGAGGAGGAGGAGGAGGAGAUGAAGGAGGAGGAGGGCAAAAACUUCUGUAAGCUGGUGUGGGUUGGAAGGCUUGCCAAGGCAAAUUUUCCAGAGUUCAAGUUCGAAGUGGCGAGGAGUGAGGGAAAUGCUCGAGAUCUCCUUCGCAGGAGAAAUGUUGAGCACUACUGGGACCUCGUGAAGAACUUC